UCCGGAUUAGGUGUCGGAACACACUAGUCAGAAAGCAGCAUCGUUAAGAACAAAGCUUGAGAAAGUUACCAGCUUUGGUUUCGGGUGAGAAUCUGACUGGAAAAAGUUUGGCUGGGCUUUAAACUCAACAAACUGUUUGGCUCUGCACGGUAUCGAGGUGAUAUGGCUUCGACCCUUCUCUCAAGAACUUUAUUGGUAGCUGGUCACUGCCUGAUUAACCCCUCUCUAUCUUCUACUCUUCUGCAGAAGUCUCGUGGUUUCGCAACUGUUUUGAAUAAGAGAGCAGUCAGCUUGCAGUUACGCUCUGCUUAUUCAGCUCCCUACGUUGGUCGAGUUAUGGCUUCUACUGGACUUGGACCAAAAGCUGGUUACGCGACAUCAUCCAUAUCUACCAAUGAACCUGUUGUUUCUGUUGAUUGGCUCCACUCCAAUCUUAAAGAGGCUGAUAUAAAGGUUUUGGAUGCCUCAUGGUACAUGCCACAUGAGCAAAGAAAUCCAAUCCAAGAGUAUCAAGUUGCUCAUAUUCCAGGUGCUCUCUUCUUUGAUUUGGAUGGAAUAUCAGAUAGAAGAACAAAUUUACCACACAUGCUGCCGUCUGAGGAAGCUUUUGCUGCUGCUUGCUCUGCUCUUGGAAUCGAGAACAAAGAUGGAGUGGUUGUGUAUGAUGGAAAGGGCAUCUUUAGUGCCUCUCGUGUUUGGUGGAUGUUUAGAGUCUUUGGACAUGAAAAAGUAUGGGUACUUGAUGGAGGCUUACCGAGAUGGCGUGCUUCAGGCUACGACGUUGAAUCUAGUGCUUCUAGUGAUGCCAUUUUGAAAGCCAAUGCGGCAAGUGAGGUCGUAGAGAAAAUUUAUCAAGGACAACCAACUAGUCCAAUAACUUUCAAAACAAAGUUCCAGCCACAUCUUGUAUGGACACUUGAUCAGGUCAAAGAAAAUAUGGAGAAUAAGACUUACCAGCACAUAGAUGCACGCGCAAAAGCUAGAUUUGAUGGUACUGCUCCAGAACCUCGCAAAGGAAUACCGAGCGGUCAUAUACCCGGUAGCAAGUGUGUCCCUUUUCCCCAGAUGUUUGAUUCCUCUCAAACACUGUUACCAGCAGAAGAGCUUAAGAAACGGUUUGAAGAAGAAGACAUUUCUGUGGACAGUCCAAUCAUGGCCUCAUGUGGAACGGGUGUAACAGCUUGUAUUUUGGCAUUGGGACUUCAUCGUCUGGGAAAAACCGAUGUGCCAAUCUACGAUGGAUCUUGGACUGAGUGGGCAAUGGAGCCAGACUUGCCGAUGGUGGGUUCUUCUUCAUCAUGAGAAAGUCCCAAGAAAAAGCUACAAGAUCAUAAGCCAGUGGAUGUGUCAUAAACUUGGCUGAGAAAGUCCCUUAUCCAUUUUCUUCAUGCAUUAUGAUUAUGGAUUCUGGAGGUUUAAUUUACCUUUGUGAGCUGUUAAAAGAUUUUUUUUUUUUAAAA